CAUUAUAAAAAAACUUGUAACUUGAACGACGCAUUUGUCAAAACUUUUGCAUAGAAUAAUAAUUGCGGAAUUAACUACUCGAUUAAUUAUGCAUUUUAGAAAGUAAUCUCUAUGAAUAGUCCUGUCACGUGGUUUGCACUCCAAUUACACGGGAAAUCUUCAACCCAAUUGGCAAACUAUAGCUUUGCUUAUGCACGGCUGAGACUUGCAGACUAGUUGCUGCGUAAAGGUGACGAAGGACGAGUUUAUUAUUUUUAACGUGCAAAAACACAGGUAGAAAAGAAUAUAAACAUAAAAAUAUUUACAAAUAUUCAAUUAUAUUUUAUGGUGCUAGUUAAUUUAGUUUUCAAAAACAAAAGGGAGAAAAAAUAAGUAUUAUUAAAUAACAAAUAUUUGACACAUUCCAUCCACAAUUUAAUUAUAUACACAAUUUUUGUACAGGAAACUCAUUUGUGUGUAAAUGAUAAUGUGAAUCACUUAAACUGCUCGUAAUUUGUGAUGACAAUGCCAGUGAGGAAUUGUUAUUAAGUGUUACCAUCAUUAAGUUUAUUAUUACUUUAACUGUUCAUGGUGCAAGAUGAGGUUGAGUUUUACCUUAAAAAUUGGUGGAGGUGGUGAAGGUGGUUAAUUGUUGAUUGGUGGUUUUUGGUUUAAUGACAAUUUACGGAAAUUAAAUGUAAAAAAGUGCUCUUAACGAAACGUCCGGCAGCUGCUGGUGUGUUUAGUUUGUAGUUAGAUGAAUUUAAUUUAGUUAAUAAUUGAUAAUUAGUUAAGGAAAUCGUCUGUGAUAGUUGAUGUCAGCUUUAAACAAAUUUUUAAGUAGAAUUUUCCAAGCUUUAAGCAACCCACGAGGGAAAAGUGUUUUUUUAUAUUUAAAACGAACUAAUUAAAAGUAAUUAAAGUUUUCUACGGACCGUUGUUGUGGGGGCGCGAGAUGAUGCGAUGUGGGUCCGUGGGCCUGAUAAUUCUGGCCGCGGCUUGUUUCGUCAUUGCUACAGUGGCCGUGGCUGUUCCGUAUUGGGGACAAUUUAGGAAUCGUGUCGUCCAAGAAACCGGACAUUUCGGACCAUGGACGAUUUGCAAAGAUAUCGACUAUGGGAGGAAGAUGUGUGGAAAUCGUAUCGUUAUGUUCAAACCGGGAUUCCAGGUUUACGCAGCUGGGGUGUGUGCGGCCGUGGGUGUGACUGCUCUUGGAGCUUACGGCCUAUUCUCCAUUUUCUACAUGACUCUCAUGUGCAGUCCACACUCGUCUCUGCGAAGAUAUAAGAUCAACAUUCUCAUCACAAAGCUUAUCCUCUCCUUGGUGGCCGUCCUCACGACAUGGAGCGCAACGGGGUUGUUUGCCACUCAGGGAGACGUCCUCGAACAUGGGUACAUUAUCACGGUCGGCUUCUCCUUUUACAUGGAGAUCGUGGUAGCCGUUUUCUCCACAAUUCUGAUGCUUCUCACCAUCGGGGAGUACGUAUCGGCACGCCGAGAGCCGGAUGACGUUGUAGACACAACCUCCGAAGCGAUUAGGAUGAAGAACGUCAUUACAAACCCGGCCUUAACCUAUUCCCGAGGAGGAGGAGGAGGAGAAGAAGACCCGGAAAAUAGGGGACGCCGCCAUCCCGGAUCAAAUGGAGACAUGCCCAUUUUCAAACGAGGCCCCCCUCCCGAAUUUAUCAACACGAGAGAAGAAUCCGACUACGAUGAGAAACAACAAGUUAAAGACCGACUUCAAGUUCAGCAGCAACAACCACGCUACCUGAAUUGUCAAAAUUCUUCUUUCUCCGCCGCAGAUGAGCCUCUCCUGCCAAGAGCAAGUCCUAGCCCUGCCAGUCGGAGAAAAGGGAGAAAGAACAGCCUGAGCAAAAGCGAUUGUACUUGCGAAGUUUGCCGUUUUAGAAUGGAACAUCGUCUCCCGAUGUAAUCUCUCUUACUAUGAAACUCUGGAUGUCUCACUGUUCCCCGUGUAUGAAGAAAUCAAAAAACCAUGCAGCUUUCACUAUGCAAUCCUAUCGUAUUCUUUAGUAGUAUUUUUUGUUUGUAUUUUACAAGGUGAACAUAACGUAUACCGUCCGUACAAAAAUGUGAUUUAAUCUCUCGACAGAACAUUAUCAUUAUUAUUAAUUUCCGUAAGUAGGCGAGGCGAAGAUUUAUGUAUGACGAUGGCAUUUCAGGUUUACUUUUAGUUUCGACUGUUUAGUUCAAUUUUAUAAAUGCAUUUCCUUCCAUUUUCGAGCGAAAAAAGUGGUCUGGUCCAGAUUGGGUUACAACAAAGACGUAUUGAAGUAAGAUACAUGAACAAGAACAUGUGAUGGAAGGGGCUUUAAUUUUAAGUUGUCAAGUAUUUAACAGGAAUCAAUGUACAAUCAAAUUUCUAAUAAUAUUCCAUAUACAUUCCAAACAGUGACAAAAUUAGUAACUAUGUCUGCACAAACAAACACGGCUGAGCCGUAUCAUUAUAUAUUUAACCAUUAUGUAAUUAAUUUCAGGAAAAAAAAACUUUUGGCUUUAAACAAUUAUUAAAUUUUACACAAAACAUCACAAUUUUAAUUUUUUAUGUGUUAUUGUUCGGUUGAUGAUAUAAUUUACACCCGUCUUUCCAGUCAGUAUGAUUCAGUACCUUGAUUAGUUUUUAUCAUUGUAACAAUUAAUUAAUUAACGAAACGAUGGAUCAAUCAAUGGAGCUAGUUACACGUAACCCACACCGACCGUGAUUUUUAAUUCAGUCCAGUCCAAAAGAAACAACACGUGCACCUGAUUUCGAAAGUAGUUAGUUAACUAAAUAGAUUUUGAUGUUUUAUUGGUGAAGGCUUUUCUUGGUAAGAAAGGGUUCAUGUAUACAUUUAUAGCUUGCUUCCACAAAAUGUGAAACACGCGUAGAAAAGAAAUGUUUUUAAUUUUUGACACCAUUCAGAAUUUUAAUAUUUUGGUACAUUUUUCAAGUUUAUACACAAUUUGCUUAUAUUCAUGCCAUUUUUACCAAAGGAUUUUGUACAGUUGUUAUUGUUUUUUUUGUUAUAUAGUUUUUAUCCUUAUUUUUAGUCAAAAUAUUAAUAUAUUGUAGUACGAACUAAAACCAGUGUUGCAGAUAUAUGUUUGCAUUUGUUUGUAAAGGUUUGCAUUAAAAAUGUGUUGGAAUUGUGACGCGAUGCAUUUAUUUUAGCUUGUUUUUGCCAUAAAAACUGCCGUAUAGCUGGAAAUGGAAGAUAAAAGUGAAACGAGAUGAAGUGAGUUUUCCCAGUAAGUGUAAUUGUUCGUUAGGUAAUGAUUUCAUUGUUCAGUUCAGUGCAAAAGAAAAACUUUUAACUUUUUUGUGAAUAAUUUUAGUUAGUAACACAUAACUUGCAACUACAUAUCUAGGCUGACAAAUUGUGUGCAUACUUGUUACACUAACAUAAAUACAUAUAUAUACUUUAACAGUGUAAUCGAAAAGAACAGUUCAAAAAUGAAAUUUGCAUUUGUACCCAGUAAAAAAAAUAACCAGACCAAACAAUCAAAGAAAAGUGUGGAUAAAAGUACACAGAGGAAAAAAUACUACUUAGGAAACAUAAAUAAUAUUGAUGUCUUGGUGUUAUUAUGUAAACGUGAAUUUAAAAAAGUGAAUAAAAAAGUAUGUUGUUGAGUAUGGAAUAA